AAAGCACCAACGUGCUGGGGCGUUGGUAAAUAUUACACCUGAAUUUUUGGGUCUUUUCGAAAUUAUAUUGGGGCUUGUCUACGUAUUGGGUCAAGACCCAAUAUAUGUUGGACCCAACAAAAUUGUUUGUCUUAAAUGUAUCUGUCGGGCGGAACAAGUGUGCUCAACCUUUAUUCUUAAACACACUUAUUGGGUCUAUGAUUUUACAAUUGGGUCGUCAUAUAUAAAGUCACCGUGUUUAGUAUAUAUUUAUAUAUAAUUUUCAUAUGUUUGCGCCUGUGCAAGUUGUUGGCAGGUGCGCAUAUGAGGUGCGCGCAACUUUUCGGUCCUUACUGUCAGUUUAAGGAUAAUAGCCGAAGACUUCCGGUUUGAAAACACGCGGGACGUAAACACUACUUCGAAGUGCAUAAUGCCUUCAUUGAGGUCAAAACAGAGCACAAAAGCAAGACAAACUGUCCAGUUAUCAAUCAAAUUUAUUGACACAUACAUAGGAUCGGGCGUUUUUGCUGAAGAGGACAUAGAAAAGGGAACUUUUGUUUGUUUCUAUGAGGGUUUGCUCCUUUCUGGUGAAGAAGGAUUGAAAAGAUACAGCAGUGAACAACAAAUUGUAGGGAGUUUCCUGUUUUUCUUUCGACACAAGGGACAAGAGUUUUGUAUUGAUGCAACUUACAGCCAGGGAUAUGGCAGAAUGAUUUAA